CAUCAUCAUCCAUCGCCAUCGUUCAUCGCCAUCCACCAUCCACCGCCAUCCACCUCUGCCUUUGAUAUCGUGUCUGCUUACUAUCUGUCUCGCCCACAGACUCUCCCUCGUCUGCUGUCCGCUGAGCUCGCAGCCGUGCAUCCACACUUUCCCUGCUCCCUCGCUCUGCCCAUCCAACCACGCCGUCCGGCUGCUUCCUCGAGCCAUGUCUUUCUCCUCGACACCGCUGCUUGUAUCCAAGCCCCAGGGCUACCACUCUAUCGUCUCGCCGUCGCCCCUGGCUCCCGGAUCGCACCUGUCGCCUCCUCACCAUGCGCCUUCUCCCGGAAGCGUCUCGCCCAGCCCUCCACCGACGCUCCCGUCGGCGCUCCAUCCAGCCGCCAUGCGUUUCUUCCGGAGCCAGAACCAAGAUGCCAGCAUGAACGACCAGGACGAGCCUUCCUCGCCCCAGGUCCUCUUCGAUUACUCGCGUCAGUUCAUCCAGGAGCUCUGGAGAACAUCCAAUACUUCGCUCGUGCCGCUGCAAAAUCUCCAGAUCGCGCCCAAGCCCCGCUUGCUGUCGCUUGAUAUCUUCCGGGGACUGGCCCUGGUUUCUAUGAUCAUCGCAAACUACCAAAUCGAAGACAGCGCGUUCUCGCUGCUGCUUCAUGCCGACUGGAUCGGACUGACGCUUGCCGAUCUGGUCUUUCCGUCCUUCAUCUUCAUAUGCGGCGUGGCCGUCCCCCUUUCGUUCUAUAUCCGUGAGCACGACUCGAAAACCAUCUUUGUCCGCUCGCUGUGGCUGUUUUUGAUCGGAAUGCUGUUCAAUGCGGUGCCGAGCCUCAUAUCCCAGUCCUGGGUUUCAUAUCGCCCGCUUGGUGUUCUGCAGCGCAUCGCAAUCGUGUAUUUGGUCUGCGCCUUGACAUACAAGCACCUGUCGUGGUUCGCCUUCCGUUGGAUCGUUCCCGUCGUCCUCAUCGUUUCCUGGCUCUAUCUUUCGCUGCUCUUGCCGCUGCCUGAAUGCAACCCCACUCAGUCGCUUCAGAUUGUCCUGGACCUUGACCUGGAACACCGCUGGGCCCCUCCUGAGUGCACGUCGCAGUCGUUCAUCGAUCGCCUGGUGUUUGGACAAAGCCACCUCUACGGCGGGCACGUCUUUGACAACGAAGGCAUUCUAUCGACCCUCAUGGCGAUCCUCACAGGCUGGAUCGGUGUCCUCGUCGGGGUCGGACUUUUGCGCUGCCUCCAUGUCGAUUACACCGACGGACGAUGGCGGAUCAAGGUCAUGCAGAAGAUGGUGGCAUCGGGCCUGAUCUUCAUCAUCGUCGGCACCAUCCUGAAUCAGCUUGGCUGGAUCCCGGUCUCCAAGAAUCUGUGGUCGCUGAGCUUUGUGCUGGUGUCGGGCGGCAUCAGCUUGAUGCUGCUGACACUCAUCUAUGUGAUAGCGGACUACAGCGACUUCAAGUACGGCUCCACUCCGUUCGUGGCGCUGGGGCGCAAUUCGCUGCUCAUCUACAUCUGCAGCGAGUGUGUCGCCUGGACCACCACCACGAUCACCCUCAGCGACGGCCCGGACUCCGAGUCGAGAGCCACCCUGUGGCUGUGGCUGUUCCGGAACCUUGGAUUCGCGACCCACCUCCCUGCGGGAUGGAACAGUCUCAUCUGGUCGCUGGCCUGGUGCCUGCUCGUAUUUAUUCCCUUUGCCAUCUACAUGAAGCACAAAAAGUACUUUGUCAGACUCUAGACUCUGUCAAAACGCUCUCUCCCCCCCCCUCACUCCUCACCUUCCGAAACCAACACUUGCGCUCAGCCGUCUCUUGCCACCCUAUUUUAUCCAACAGUCGUUUCACGACCGAUGGCUUGCUGGCAUCGCCUUGAUAGGACCUGUCCUCUGGGCCCCACUUCCUCCGUUUGCCGUGCAACCCAGAUCGCUCUCCAACAGCUUUCC